AGCAAAACCAUAACCCGUAGAUAUACUCUCAAAGUUUUGAUUCGGUUUGUUAUUGACGGAGGUAGUCAUUGUGGGUUAACGGGGAAGAAAGAGAGGCAAAGGAAGAUCCAUUUAUGAGGUCUGACGUGGAUUGAGUAAUCCACUUGUCAUAAGUUUAUUGGAGAACAGUUUGAACAGCACUUAGGUAACUGUAUCUAAGUUUUCUCCCACUCACGAAAUAAAUAACCCUGCAUUUUCCGAUAAAUAAACCUUCACCAGAAACCUUCUUCUUCUCCAACAAACAAAAACUCAAAUCCACUCUCAAACAAACAACAACAAAAACGUAAAAGAAAACAUAAAUCUUGUUUGUUCCUUUUUUUUCAUGGUUUUUUGUUUCUUUAUUUUUUCUAGGAAUCUGAUUCUUCAGCGUUUGAUCGAGAAAAACGCUUUUUUGAGUUGGGAAUCUGAUACCCACAUGGUGUUUGAUGAAAUGUGCAAAAGGGUUUUGAGAAAUUUAACUUUUUUUGUUAUUGGUGGUCGUUGAAUUUAAUCAAAUUGAAUCGAGUUUGAAGUUUUGAUUGCUGUUUUGUGGUAUGUGAUUUGAAGUGGGUUUGGAGGGAUAGGGUAAGAGAUGGCUAGAGAUGGUAGUGUUGUACCUGCGGACCCACAGGCUAUGGUAGUUGCGAAGAAGAAGACACAGAGUUCAAGAAGUUGGAUUUUGUUUGAUGCUAUGGGCCAAGGGUCGAUGCUUGAUGCUGACAAGUAUGCCAUCAUGCAUAGGGUUCAAAUUAAUGCACGUGAUCUUAGAAUUCUUGAUCCCUUGCUCUCUUACCCUUCUACUAUUCUUGGUCGUGAGAAAGCUAUUGUUCUUAACUUGGAGCAUAUCAAGGCAAUUAUCACUGCUGAAGAGGUGUUGCUGCGAGAUCCAACAGAUGAACACGUGGUUCCUGUUGUUGAGGAACUGCAGAGGCGAUUGCCUAAACUGAGUGACAUCCAUCAACAACAAGGAGAUGGUAAAGAGUAUCUUGGUGGUCAACAGGAUGCUGAAGCUGCUGAAGAAGAUGAGUCACCGUUUGAGUUUCGUGCCUUGGAGGUGGCUUUAGAAGCCAUUUGUAGUUAUCUUGCUGCACGUACAACUGAGUUGGAGAUGGCUGCUUAUCCUGCAUUAGAUGAACUUACUUCCAAGAUUAGUAGUCGUAAUUUGGACAGAGUGCGUAAACUGAAGAGUGCAAUGACAAGGCUGACAGCUCGGGUUCAAAAGGUCAGAGAUGAGCUUGAACAGUUGCUGGAUGACGAUGAUGACAUGGCCGACCUAUACUUAUCGAGAAAGGCAGGUUCAGCAUCACCAGUUAGUGGAUCAGGUCCUGCAAAUUGGUUUGCCGGCUCCCCAACCAUAGGAUCAAAGAUAUCCAGAGCAAGUAGAGCAAGCAUUGCAACAGUUCGUUUUGAUGAAAAUGAUGUGGAAGAGCUUGAAAUGUUGCUUGAGGCUUAUUUCAUGCAAAUUGAUGGCACAUUGAACAAAUUAACCACCCUGCGAGAGUAUAUUGAUGAUACUGAAGAUUACAUUAACAUUCAACUUGACAACCAUCGUAAUCAGCUUAUUCAGUUGGAACUCUUUCUUAGCUCUGGAACUGUUUGCUUAUCUGUGUACUCUCUGGUGACUGCUAUUUUUGGCAUGAACAUCCCGUAUACUUGGAAUGACGACCAUGGAUACAUGUUCAAAUGGGUGGUUAUUGUCUCGGGGGUAUUUUCCGCUAUUAUGUUUAUCAUGAUUACCUUCUACGCUCGCAAAAAGGGGUUGGUUGGAUCAUAAAAAUCAAUAUGCUGUAAAAGGGGUGUAGAGAAUGAACUUUAGGACUACUGCAUAUGGUCUAAUGGUAAUGACUCAUUACAAACCUUAUAUAUAUAUAUUGAUUGAUGAUUCAAGAUUUUGUCAAUUUUUUCAAGAUUCCAUUAAGGAUAUAAUGGAAACUUAGCUCUAAGACUCCCAAAGUUGAAAGUGGGUUGGUGGGUCUGCAAUAACCUCGAGUACUAUGUCAUUUGGAUUCAAGCAACAAAAACAAAACUAUAGACCCAGAGCUGAUUUUUUAGUUUUGAAUAAUUUUAUUACCAUGAUGUGAUUUAAUUAAGUUGAAUCUGUUAAUCUUUUUAUGCUUUUUUUGGGUUAGUAUACAGUAAUAUUUUUUUUCUUCUUUCAAACUUAUGUAAACAUGGAUCAGAAGAGCAUUAUAAAUAAAUUUGUAUACCAUUUCGAUCCAGCCA